GGACAGCAAAUAAAUGCAGGCGUUUAUCUCUUUGUAUUAUGACCAGUAGGGGGCGAUGUUGUGCGCGUGAGCUAAACAAGAGCAACUUUAAUUGCUGCAGGACUUGUCUAUUUCCUCUUCAGUAUUUCUUCUGAUGGUGGGAGUAAUUGGUUCUAAGAAACAUGGACCUGGCCGGAGGAGAUGAUUCCAGUGAAAGUACCCUUAUGUUGCAGCCAAAACGCCCUGCGAUGUCCUGGGGUGUGAGAAUCAAGAGGAAGCUGAAAAGCGUGGCACCUUUCCUGGGCAGGUUCAGGCCGUUGGUUGGACAGUGCUGUCACCAGUGCACUCCAGACAGUCUGGGUCUGAAGUUGCUGCGCAAGUCUCCUCCUCUGGGCUUUCAGAACCUGACAUCUGUGAAUGAGACACACACCAGGUACCGUGGCUGGUUAGUAAGGAGGAUGUGUUGUUUGGUAUUUGUUUGGGGUCGUGAUGUUCACCCAAGCCCUGCUGGAGACAGACGGCACAAUGUCCACAUCAGCGAGAGAGUGAAGCAGGCUCUGCUAACCACAGGCAGCCCGAAAGAGACAAGGACAACAGAACUGGUGAUGUCUGAUGUCACAGGUCAUUUUGGGAGACUACUGGACCUCACAGAGACUUUCAUCUCCCCCACCCUUCUCAGGCUGGUGAGCUGGCUGAUGCUAAAGGUCUUCAGUUUGAUGUUCUGUAGUGUCCAAGUGAACCUCAACCAGCUGUCUGCUUUACACCGCGCCACCCGACUGGAAGCUCCACUUGUCUACGUAUGUGUUCGACAGAGCGCCGUCGAUCAGGCUUUGAUUUGUUUGGCUCUUUUCUGUCACAACUUGAGGGUUCCCUACACCCUCUACCCUGCCCAUAUUCGACCAACCUGGUUACGGUCCAUUCUUCAGAGGCUGGGCGUCAUCCUGCUCCCAGAAGAUACAAGCUCAGAGCAGGAUGCUGAGAUGGACAGCCUCUAUUCUCCAGUCAUGACCUCUUUGAUUGGCGAGCUGUUACGAGAACGUGCCAGUCUCAGCAUGGGCGUCUGUGCGGGCGGAGGUCAGGGCGGCCAGUGGCUAGCUCGUGUACGCCAGGCCAUCGUCAACGGUCUGGUGCCCGACGUUAGUAUCGUGCCAGUGGGCGUUUCUUACGACUGCCUGCCACAGCACUUUUUACGACCAAAGGCUGGGCUGAUGUCUGCUGUGCGGUUUGUGGUGUCCCUGCUAAAGGGCGUUCACAGAGGAAGUGUUCGCAUCCAUUUUGCACAGGCUUUCUCUUUGAAGGAGAUGUGCGAAAGUGGAAAGUGUCGUGUGGAUGGAGGGCGUCCCCUACAGGAGCUGCUGUUGCCCGUCAUACUGCAAUCAAGGAUGGACUUCAUCUUUGGCCAGAAGGACGUUUCCUGGGUCCUUCCAUCUUCUGUUAUGCCUGAACUUUCACCUUUGGAGAGACAGCAGACCAUUGCUCUGACUCUUCAUCUGAUGUACUCCUCUACUACAAGUAUGGCCGUCAUGUCCACGAGCCUCAUGUCCUGUUUGUUGCUCCACAAGCAUCGUAAGGGUGUGCGUGUGUCAGUAUUGUGUAAGGACAUCUGUUGGCUGUUGGAGGAGGUGUUAUUCAGAAACACUGAUGUGGGUUACGGUGGUUCUCUGGUCGGGCUCGUGCAUCACGCACUCUCAAUGCUCCACCCAUAUCUCAUCCUGGCCGCAGCUCCUCCCACUGGAGAGCCUCUCAUUGUACCACGGCCUGACCCAGAGUCUGCGCUUAUAUUGAGCCAACACUGUGACCUGCUCACUCAUAUCUUCAUACACGAGGCUGUGGGAGCGUGUGCCAUUUCAGCCAUGCUGAGGGAUGUUGUAGGCUGCGGAGGGGGUGGAGACCUGGAGUUUUUGUUCGGCCAAGAAGAGCUGACAGAGAAAAGCCUCCAACUCACACAUUUACUUUCACCUGGGUACAUACCACCAUGUCAGACCGCUCAUGGCUUUGCUCUCGACGUGGUGGAUUGUCUGGUGCGUUGUGGGGUUCUUGUUAUGGAGGAGGUUCAUAAGGACACCCCAGUGUGUGACUUCAUGAAGAAACAGGGUGUGUUAUCAUGGAAAGCUUCAGAUAAUCCUGACCUAAGCAGUGAUUCAGACUGUGAGGAACCAGAUACACGGUCUUAUAAGUUGAGUCAGCCGUCUCAGUGCCCAGAGCUGCUGUUUUUUCUCUCUAGUUUACUGAGCGUCCAACUGCGAGCUUUGUGCUGGACUUUAGAAAGCCUUCAUUAUCUCCCCUUACCUACCACAGAAACGGCUUGUGUGAGCCAACUGCACGCUCACUUGAAGAACCGAGCUCAGCUGGACAAAGUGCACUACGAAAGCUCAUCUAUUGACUUGGUGAGAAUGGCUCUUCGUACCUUCAUUGAUCUCGGGGUGUUGACUGAAGACAGACAGGGGGGAGAUGUGUAUCUAGACAUCAGUCCUCUAUUCGCACAGUGUGAGAACAAAGAAAAGCUCAAGCAGUUUUUCUCACAGUUUCUCUAUAACUAGAAGAGUAAAAGAGAUAUCGCUCUCAGAUGGGACAGAACCUGAGGCGUUUCUGAAUCAUUCUGUUCAGUUUAUAUCCAAUUCAGGUUUUUGCCUGUAAGUAUACAUAGAGUUUGUCAUGUUGUUGUUGGUUAAGUUGUUCUUUAAAGCAUAGAAUUGUUUCGAUAAUGGCUGUUUGGCUGGAAAUAUUAGUUAAUAAGAGCAGGCUAAAAGUAUGUUUACUGUAUGAUUCAUUGAAUCGUUUCAUUUAAUAUGGUUCUUUUGUUUAACUAAAUAUGCUCAGUACAAGUUUUUCAUUAGCCCAUUUGCAUUGUUUUGAUGCCUCAACUUUUAAUAUAGUGCUGUACAUGUGCAUACACACUG